AGUGGCCCGAGUCUUCCCGGACGCGCGCUCCGGGAGCGCCCCGCCAAGGCACCGAGGCAAGCCAUCGAGCGAUGGCGGACGGCACCGCCCUGUACGUGAUGGGCUUCCCAGUGGGCAUCUCCGAGAGUACGGUGCAGGAGAUAUUCUCCUCCUACGGCCCCGUGAAGUCGCUGAGGAUGCUCCCGACGCCCGAAGGCAAGACCGACGUCGCCGCCAUCGUCACAAUGGAGAACUCCGAGCAGGCAAAAUGGCUGAUCGAAAACGUCAGCGGCAAGGUGCCCCAGGGCCUCGCGGAGCCCAUCACGAUCAAGAAGAAGCGGGAGGCCCAGGACUGGAGCAAGGGCAUGGGCAAGGGGUGGGGUGGCAUGCCCGCUUGGGCGAUGAUGUGGAACUUCGGCAAGGGCGGCUACGGCGGCUACGGAGGCAAGGGCGGCUGGGGCAAGGGCGGCGGCGGCGGGCUGGCGAGCUUCCCGGCGGAGAGGAAGGUCUGGAUCGGCGACCUGCCCGAGGGCGUGACGUACCAGGAGCUCCAGGCGCACUUCCCAGGCUCCAAGUUCGCCACCGUCAUGAAGGGCAAGAGCGCUGGUACGGGCGGAGUCGCCUUCGCCACGGCGGAAGAGGCCACGGAGGCGAUCAAGACCCUGAACGGAUCGACCCUGGCAGGUGCGACGAUUGUCGUGGACAUCUGGACGAAGAAGGAAGCCACUCCGGCCGAGCCGCCCGCGGCGCCGGCGCCCGCGGACGCGGAGGCGAGCUGAGGAGCCGCGCGCUGCUCGGCCUGCCUCCCUCUGGCCUCCCUCCUCCUCAUGCCUCCUCCUUUUUUCUUUCUCGCUCCUUGUCUAUCCUCGCUCCGCCCUGCUCCUCUUCGCCUCUAGCUUCUCCAGUGCCAACCUAGACAUGUGAUUUGACUGUUAAGUGAAGCAUCCCGUCUGCAGCGAUCGUUGUCAACA